CGCGGCGCUGGCCAGGGCGGCGGCGGUGAAGGAGGAGGAGGAGGAGAGGGAGGAGGAGGAGGAGGAAGGCGGCGGUGGCGGCGCCGGCGAAAGCGGAGGGGAGGACGGGGGCGGCGUCGGACUGGAGCCGAGCGGCGGCGCGAGCUGCCCGGGGCGCUGUCGUGCGCUCGCCCGCCGGGCCCCCACCCCCGAGCUACACCCUGCCGUGCCCAGCUCUGCCCGCGCUCGUGCCCCCGCGGGGAGCGCGCCGGGGCUGCCCCCCGAAUGACGGGCGGAAGGUUCGACUUCGACGAUGGCGGCACCUACUGCGGCGGCUGGGAGGAGGGCAAGGCGCACGGGCAUGGCAUCUGCACGGGGCCCAAGGGCCAGGGCGAGUACUCGGGCUCCUGGUCGCACGGCUUCGAGGUGGUCGGCGGCUACACCUGGCCCAGCGGCAACACCUACCAGGGCUACUGGGCGCAGGGCAAGCGGCACGGGCUGGGGGUGGAGACGAAGGGCAAGUGGAUGUACCGGGGGGAGUGGUCCCAUGGUUUCAAGGGGCGCUAUGGGGUCCGGCAGAGCCUGUGCACCCCCGCUCGCUACGAGGGGACCUGGAGUAACGGGCUGCAGGACGGGUACGGCGUGGAGACCUACGGGGACGGAGGCACCUACCAGGGCCAGUGGGCCGGCGGCAUGCGGCACGGCUACGGAGUGCGCCAGAGCGUGCCCUACGGCAUGGCCACGGUGAUCCGCUCGCCCCUGCGCACCUCGCUGGCCUCGCUGCGCAGCGAGCAGAGCAACGGCAGCGUCCUCCACGACGCGGCGGCCGCCGCCGACACCCCCGCCGGCACCCGGGGCGGCUUCGUGCUCAACUUCCAAGCCGACGCCGAGCUCGCGGGCAAGAAGAAGGGCGGCCUCUUCCGCCGGGGCUCGCUCCUGGGCAGCAUGAAGAUCCGCAAAUCCGAGUCCAAGUCUUCCAUCUCCAGCAAGCGCAGCUCGGUCCGCAGCGACGCGGCCAUGAGCCGAAUCAGCUCCAGCGACGCCAACUCCACCAUCAGCUUCGGCGACGUCGAUUGCGAUUUUUGCCCCGUGGAGGACCACGUGGACGCCACCACCACGGAAACCUACAUGGGCGAGUGGAGGAACGACAAGCGCAACGGCUUCGGCAUCAGCGAGCGCUCCAACGGCAUGAAGUACGAGGGCGAGUGGGUCAACAACAAGAGGCACGGCUACGGCUGCACCCUGUUUCCCGACGGCUCCAAGGAAGAGGGGAAAUACAAAAAUAAUGUUCUGGUCCGCGGAAUAAGGAAGCAGCUCAUACCGAUCAGAAACACAAAAACUCGGGAGAAGGUGGACAGAGCCAUCGAAGGCGCGCAAAGGGCAGCUGCCAUGGCGAGAACCAAAGUGGAAAUAGCCAAUUCAAGGACUGCACACGCCAGAGCCAAAGCUGACGCCGCGGACCAGGCCGCGCUGGCUGCCCGCCAGGAGUGCGACAUCGCCAGAGCAGUGGCCAAGGAGCUGUCACCCGACUUCUACCAGCCAGGCCCAGAUUAUAUCAAGCAGAGAUUUCAGGAAGGUGUCGAUGCUAAAGAAAACCCAGAAGAAAAGGUACCGGAAAAGCCCCCUUCACCAAAGGAAUCGCCUCAUUUUUACCGCAAAGGCACGACACCCCCGAGCACCCCCGAGACGCGUCCCCGACAAAGCCACUCCCCCCAGCCUUCCCCCCAGCCCGUGAGGAAGCAGAACCCCAGCUCAGGGGCCAGACUCAACCGUGACAAAAGGAGUGUGGCUGAUGAGCAGGUGACGGCCGUCGUCAGCAAGCCCCUGAUGUCCAAGGCUCCCUCCAAGGAGCUGGGAGCCGCCGUGCCCCAGUCCAAGUACUCUGGCCGCCACCAUGUCCCCAACCCCAGUAACGGGGAGCUGCACUCUCAGUACCACGGCUACUACGUGAAACUGAACGCCCCCAAGCACCCUCCGGAAGACGUGCGGGAAGAUGAAGGGUCCGGCCACUCUUCCUCGGCGCUGGUGCACAAGCCGACAUCCAACAAGUGGAGUCCCCCUCAGUCUGUGACAAAACCAGUUGCCAAAGAAAGCAAAGCUGAGCCAAAAGCUAAGAAGUCUGAACUUGCCAAACCAAAGAACCCAGCAAGCAACGAUGCGUGCCCUUCUUCGGAAAAAGAAGCCAAUUCGGGCCCUAAUUCAGUCAUGAUUGUCCUUGUCAUGCUGUUGAAUAUCGGGUUGGCCAUUCUUUUUGUUCACUUUCUAACUUGAUUGGAGUUAGGAAAGCAGCCCCAUCCGGCGAAGUUCCUGGCACUGGCUGCUCCAUCUGUCCUAGCAGAGUGUGACUAAACUGGAAACGUAUGGAGCUGCGUGUUUGGUUGUUGAUGGGAGUCAACAGCUGCCUUACUAUUUUACCAUCUGACGUUGGCAGCGGGGAGCUGGGCAAACAAACGACCCGACCGGAGGAAUGCGGCCGGAGGAUUGUGUUGCUGCCACCGCCUUUCCACCGCUCGCUCCCGUCUCGGUCCGAGAACGAGGCAGCAGCAUCACUCAGCAGUCUUAUGCCAUGACCUGCUGCUUUCAUGCCCCCAAACGUUCUGGGAGAGAACGUUGCGUUUGCUUGUGCACGACUAUUUUUGCUGUUUAUUUAAAUAUGAUGAUGUACGGUCACCUACCACGUGCGGUCCUGGCUGGAUGAAAUACCCACGUUGCAUCUCAAGGAAAAGAAUCAACAAAAGUCUAGAGAAAAUGUGUCGAUUUUGACAACAAUACAUCGUUUUUGUAAUGCCAUUUAGUCUUCCUAAACCUUGGGUGAAAGGCUGUUUAUCUUUAAAAGUUAGCAAUUUGAAAGCAUUAUACCUUCCUAAGAAAUAAUUUAAUUUUAAAUAUUUUUAACAUUACUGAGAUGAGUUAUUUAUGCACUCGGGAGGUGCUAAAUUCUAAAAACUGAAAGACAACAGAAUUCUAAGAAGUCAGAAUGUUGCAUGGGUUGCAGUAAUCGGUGUCUAAAGGAUUCAGUUUCAUUGCUGACGUACUUUACAACCAAAUAGAAUCUUGUCAGUGGCUAUGUUAAUUCCCAUGAAAGUUAAGCAAGAUGCUAUUAAUAACUGCUCUUCUCUUUCCCUUUAUUUUUUCCCCCAACUGAAAAUUUUGAAUACAUUCAGGUAGAGCAUAAAGCUUUGUAAAAUCACUGCUUCUCAAUUUUAUGCCUUUCGUGUUUUUUCAAAGUCCUUUUUUAAUUUUAUUUCACAUCUUAAAGGCUUAGACGUUUUUGUUUCAAUAGUUGUCUUUCGCCGUCCUUUGUUAUUCUGGCAUAAUUUGAUUUUUUUUUUUUUUUGCUGUUUUACAAGUUAUUCUUUGUUACUCAGAAGCAUGCCUACUUCGAGAAACUACAGGGUCUUUCUCAAAGUAAUUGUUUAAAAAGAAAUCAGGGGAGGAAAGGUUUCUGUUAGAUCUCUAUGAAACAUGACAUUGUGGAGAGGGAGCUAUUCCUGAAUAUUUUCACCAUCUGCAUGGUUUAAUCCGAUUCUCUUUGCCUUAUUUGCUACCCUUUCGAUGCGGAAGAGACCAUUCACGUGUUAGCACAGGGGUGAACUGGGUGCUUGGUCACCUGCAGGGCAGUAACCCAGUGGUGUUUCUUGCAGAAGUGCACUAUGUUGAGAAUCCUGGGUGUGACCAAUAUGGAGUAAAGAAGAAAGCAGAAAGAGAGCAAAUGAAAAUUUCAACUUGUAUAUUUAAUUAUUUUUUACAUUUUGCUUUGACUUUGAAAUUUAGGAAGUACGUUUUUACCCAAGAAACGUUUAAGUUCCUGUGUCAUUCUCAAUACUCUCACUUCUCCUUCCUGGCCCCUUAGCUCUUUACGCUGGGAAAGCUGAUUUUCUAAAAAGAGAAAAUAUUUAAUCUUAUUAAGUGUUUAUUUAAAAUGUGUAAUGCUUUGAAAUAAUGGGCUAACAAGAUAACGAAAGGAUAUGUUUCUACAGUAAGCAUGUUGGUUCCAUUUAUAAAUAUAUGUAUGAUUUAUAAGCUUUUUUAAAACAAAGCCCAAAUUGUCGGUAUUUUUCUAAAAUGUGCACAGCUGUAUUUUACAUGAAAGGCUCUUUCUAAUGGGUUGUUAUACUGUACUCUACAUUUUGGACAGCACAUGAAGUCUGCCAGUGUACUUAAUAAAACAUGACUUUGUUUAUUUAAAGUUUCUUGCUGUGAAAAAAAGAACUCCCUACCUGUGAGUUCCUUUAUUUAUAAUCCUUGAAACCAAAAUGUAUAACGUACAGUUUUCACAACUGUAUUUGCUCUAAUAAAAAAAAAAGUUGGUUAUUUAAAAA